AUGGUCUUCGAAUUCAGCAAUAACGUACCGGUUCGAGCACAGGCGCCAGUUGAGCAGACCCGACAAGGCGUUGACGAGUAUCGUCGGAUCAUGCAUGCCUACAUGCAAUCGCAGCUGAAUCGCGGGACUAUACCAGGAUAUCAGCGAAUAAUGCAUGCCCACACUCUGGUGCAGCUCGAGUCGAUGAAGACUGCCAGAAGCGAAGCCGGCAGUCCUGUGCUGGCACAGGCCGGUGCGGUCUUGCCUUCACCUAUCAAGGCACAUCGUAGCCAGACGACAAUUGACAAUGCUCCAAUCCCACCCAACAACUCGCCAGCUCCGGGGUCACAAAGUGCCUUCAGAACACCAAAUGGCAUGCGCGCAAGACAAAGAAGCUUGACUGAUCCUAUACCGAGAGACUUUGCAGCACUGCGGGCUAGUGUCGCAUGCGGGUGA